AUGUCGGCAGCAGCCAGCCCCGAUGCGCCCCUCGCCGCGGGGGCAGCGCAGUCCGUCGAUCCGCGAACACUCGCAGCCAUCAUUUGGACUUGCUUCUCGGUUGCCACCCUGUUUGCUGCACUGAGACUCACAGUACGCUGGAGGCAGAACCGCCACUUCCUCGCCGACGAUUACUGCAUCAUCUUGGCUUGGAUGUGCCUCGUCACCAUGGCCAGUCUGCAGACGAGACAGCUCGACGCGCUUUACUACACCACAUAUCUGGUCGCGGGACGGAUCCCAGUCACUGCCGAAACAGCUGCCAGGUUGGAAGACCUGGCACGCUGGCAGUAUCCCAUCAUCAAGCUGUUCUGGACCGUCCUCUGGUCCGUGAAGGCUAGCUUCAUGGCCGUCUUUUACCCACUGGUCAAGACGCUCCCUGUACGUCGGGGUCUUUGGUACUGCGUGGCCGUAUUUGCCCUUCUGGCAUAUAUCGGCUGCUGGGUGGCAAGCACCUUGACGUGCAGUCCGCCAUCCGACUAUUUCAGAGCUGGAAAGUGCAACAAGCCGCACGAGGUUUGGAUGCAGACCUUCAACGUCCUUUACUCCACCAGCGUCGAUGUUGUUUCCGACAUGAUGAUCAUGGCACUCCCGUUGACAAUCCUGCCAUCUCUGCAAAUAGACGGGAAGAAAAAGAUCGGGCUGGCUGUUGCUUUCAGUCUCGCCUCCAUCAUCAUCUGCGUCGCCAUUGUUCGCAUGACCCAUGUCAUCAAGGGGCAACACGUCGACCUCGUCGGCCUGGCCAUCUGGGGCGCGGUAGAGACGGCCACGGCAGUCGUCGUCGGCUCCCUGCUGCCUCUCAAGGCCCUCCUCACACGAGGGGUUAAGAAAUACCACUCCUCUGCGAGCAAGAGCAACACGCAGAGAUACGGCAUACACCAAAACCAGCCGGGUGAUGCCAUCACGUACGUGCCCGAUAUGACGUCGCGGUCCGUCAUGGUAACGCAGUCGAUACCGCUGGACGAUUUGCACAGGAGUCGCCAGAUGAACGGCCGGAUCUACGUGCAAAGAACAUACGAAACGCACGCCAGCCGUGACGACUCAUCCAGGGAGGAUGACGACGAGGUGGCUAUCGUCAAAAGCCAAGCAAAGGGAUGGGAGGCUUGA